AUGUCCGAUAAUAACGAAACUUCAACUUCAAAAAAAUUAAAGUCCACCAAUUCUGGUAGACGCCCAAAAAAACCUAUUUGGAGAUUUUUUGAACAAGAGGAUGAAUUAGAUAAAGGACAUUAUGUUGCAACAUGUUUAGCGUUGAACCAUUCAAUUCGUGAAGCCAUCAUAUAUAUGGUAGAAAUACGCGAAAUAUCUUCCCUUAAUGCUACCAAUCCUAAAC